GCUACGUGUGAAAAUCUCUGAAAGCAUCAUCACUCUCGCAGAGACCUAAACCUAUGGAGAACAAACGGGCAAACGAAGAAGAUGAAAUCUCGGAACAAGGAAGAAUAAGUGAACCAAAUUGGAGGGAGCGUGUGAAGGAUCUCGUCGCAGCGGGAGACUUCACGGCGGCGAUCUCGAUUCUCGAGCCUUUGGUGACCAAUCUUAACUCGCAGUUCAGUUCUUCUUCCUCCUCCGACGAUAACCUCGGCGGCAAGAGAACGGAGUUUGGGCUUGAUCUAGCAGCCGCUUUCAACCUAUUGGCAGAUCACUACUCUUUUCAGGGACUCUCCCUCAAAUCCGAUGAGUUUCGCACUCGUUCUUCCCUCAUCAAGCAACAUGCGCUGGAUUUCGAUCUUGCCUCUUCAAGAGAUUCCGGCGAUGCAGAGAAUCAAGCCGUUUCGAGAACGAUUGAUUCCAACGGCUUCAACUCUAACCCAAAUGUCUCUCCUACUGAUGAUGGGAAAACGGAGAAUUCCACAAAAGCCUCCAGCGAUAAUACGCCUGCUCAUGAUUCUUCAGAUGAUGAUUGGGAAGCCCUUGCAGAUCGUGAACCGAGUAAAUUAAUCUCUGUAGAAGAUUUGCCUGAAAUAUCAAAGCUUUCGGUUGAAGAACCUAAUGUUCAAGGACCCAAGAGGCGUGGAAGGGGAACAUUUACUUAUAAGAGUGAUGUGAUGUACGGUGAUCGAGACUUCUGCAAGUCGAAGAUUGAAGAUUCAGAAGAUAAAAAUUUGUCUCGUGGUUCAGAGAAGACUGAUGAAGCACUGAAAUCCAGGUAUGGCACGCGACAUGUCCUCGUACUUACUGGAUUUUCUCCAAGUUUGAGGACUACUGAUUUGGAGAAGCUUUUUGAGGACUUCAAAGACAGCGGAUUUAUCAUUCGUUGGGUCAAUGAUACAACAGCACUUGCAGUCUUUAAAACCCCUUCAACAGCUCUAGAGGCUUGCAAAAAUGUUCAAUGUUCAUUCACCAUACGAGUUCUGGAUGAUCACGAUUCUCUUUUGAGCUCAAUAUCAGGAAAAGAUUUAGAACCGCCGUCUCAAAGACCAAAGAUGUCAGCGAGAACAGCUCAACGGCUGAUUGCUCACAGCAUGGGAUUAAAACUUCCAGCUUCUGGAUUUGGGUCUAAAGAGCUACGAGACCAAGAAGCUGCCCGGAAAAAUCGGAUUGUCUCCAGGCAGAAACAACGGGAGGAUGCUUGGGGAGAUGACUGACAUUGUUUGCCCAAUCCAAUCGUGUGAUCUUUACUUGAGCAUUGUUAAUGUUCUUUUGUCUAUGUUUUGUCAGGGCUGUGUCUAACUGUAAUAAAAUAUUUUUAAA